CCUAGCGUCCCAGAGGAGGGAAACUCUCUCUCUCUCUCUCUCGUUCUCUCUCUCUCUCUCUCUUUCUCUCUCUGUGACUCUGUGUGGUCAGUGGUCAGUCAGUCGUAGCCUAGCUCACCAGAAGGAAACAACCAUGAGAGAGAGUACCUGCUAGCAUGCUGCACGGACAAUUGAAAACAUUUAAACUCAUGUAAAUGGUUUAUGUGAAGAUGAAAUCACACCAGCGUCUGCUGCUCAUCACGGUUUUUCUCCCACUCUCAGGUGUUUUAUGUUUUAGUGAGUUAUUUUUCAUCAAGGAGCCCCAUGAUGUCACGGUCAUGCGGAAAGAAGCUGUUAUUUUGGACUGCCAGGCGCAUGGCGAGGCACCCAUAGACGUCAGAUGGCUGAAAAAUGGAGUUAAGGUGAUGGAGAAUGAACGGGUGUAUCUUCUCUCCAACGGCUCCCUUUUUAUUUCCGAGGUGGAGAGCAGACGAGCAGACAAAUCAGAUGAAGGGUCGUAUCAGUGCCUUGCUCAGAACAAGUAUGGAUCAAUUCUGAGCCAGAAAGCCCGUCUUACAAUCGCAAGUAUUUCCUCUUUUGCAAUCCAGCCGACAUCCAUAGUGGUGACUGAAGGCUCAGUAGCCAGGUUUUCCUGUAAAGUCACUGCCCAUCCUCCUCCCAUCAUCACUUGGGAGCUCAAUCGAGUCACAUUACCCUUGGCCACUGAACGAAUCACCGUUCUGCCCAGUGGAGUUCUUCAGAUACAGGGAGUUCAGCGGGGUGAUGCUGGAAAUUACCGCUGCAUUGCCACUAACAUUGCCAGCCGACGCAGAAGCACAGAGGCCACUUUAACUGUCACACCAGCCCCCAACCCCCUUCUUCCACACAGGCCACGCAUCAUUGCUGGGCCACAGAACAUUUCAGUGUCCCUGCACCACAGUGCCAUUCUUGAGUGCAUGGCCACAGGCAAACCCCGGCCCAUCAUCUCCUGGAGCCGAGCAGACAGCAAGUCUAUUGACGUUUACAACACUAAAGUGUUAGGAAACGGCAACCUCAUCAUCUCAGACAUCAAACCCCAACAUGGCGGAGUUUAUAUGUGCAGAGCCACCACACCGGGUACUCGCAACUACACGGUUGCCUCUGCCAACAUCACUGUGUUAGCUCCCCCCUCUCUGGUGGAGUGGCCGGAGAGUCUGACCCGUCCACGUGCAGGCACAGCCCGCUUUGUGUGCCAGGCUGAAGGAGUUCCAACACCUCAAAUCACAUGGCUCAAAAAUGGCGAAAAGGUUCACUCAAAUGGUCGAAUCAAGAUGUACAACAGCAAACUGGUCAUCAACCAGAUCAUACCAGAAGAUGAUGCCAUUUAUCAGUGCCAGGCAGAGAAUGAGCUGGGAUCAGUGCUGUCUAUGGCAAGACUUAUUGUGGUGAUGUCAGAGGAUCGACCAAGUGCACCAAGGAAUAUCCAUGCUGACACCGUGUCAAGCACUGCCAUUCUUCUGACUUGGGAGAGGCCUCUUUAUAACUCUGAUAAAGUUAUUGCUUAUUCUGUGCACUACAUGAAAGCUGAAGGAUUAAACAAUGAAGAAUAUCAAAUUGUCAUUGGAAAUGAUACAACUCGCUACAUUAUUGAUGACCUGGAGCCGGCUCACAAUUACACCUUCUAUGUUGUGGCCUACAUGCCCAUGGGAGCCAGUCGAAUGUCGGACCAUGUGUUUCAGCAGACGCUGGAAGAUGUUCCACUUCGUGCCCCUGAAAUCAGCCUCACUAGUCGCAGCCCGACAGACAUCCAAGUUUCAUGGCAGCCUCUUCCAGACAAGCUGAGUCGUGGCCGAGUUUCUGGCUAUCGAUUGUCCUAUCGCACCAGUGCUGAAAGUACGGUUUCACAGAUAGAGCUGACUGGAGAGAAGACCAACUAUCUCCUGGAAAACCUGCAGCCUGAUAUGAUCUACCUCUUGCGCAUUGUUGCUGCCACCAGUGUCGGGUGGGGUGAGCAGUCUGCCUGGACAUCUCACAGGACUCCAAAGGCAUCCAGUGCACGAGUUCCAUUGGCUCCAGAACUGCAUUUGGAGUCUUUAAACUGCACUACUAUUUUGGCUCAGUGGCAGUUGGCAACUAGAAAUUCAGCUGGUGUUCAAGGAUACAAACUCUUUUAUCAUGAGGAGAGCCAACCUGAGAAUGCCCCGAUCCAGCUACGCUCCACAGACAAGGCAUUCACUAUUGGAGGUCUUGAUCCAAGGAAGAAAUACCAUGUUAAACUUCUGGCCUAUAAUUUUGUGGGAGACGGUUACCAGGCUGACCAGACUAUUAGUACACCUGGAUGUGUCUCUGUUCGAGAUCGGCUUGUACCCCCUCCACCUCCACCUCACAACGUUUAUGCCAAGACUAACAGCUCCUCUGCUGUAUUUCUACACUGGGGUCGACCUGCAUUUACCUCUAACCAUGCUGUCGACUACACAGUCCGCUGCAACCCUGUGGGUUUGCAGAACGCCUCUCUGGUGCUGUACCUUCCAACGAGUAAGCAGAGCCUCUUAGUGCAAGAUCUGGAGGCAAACACCAAAUAUGAGUUUGCUGUUCGCCUUCACCUUGAUGAGUUAUCUAGCCCCUGGAGCCCUGUGGUCUACGAGAGCACUUUCCCUGACGGUAAGCUGAAACAAAUUUCCAAAAGUGAAGGCACUCAAUUGACAUGUAAAAUUUUUAACCCAGUUCUUUUCAUCUAUCCUUGCACAGCUCCAAUGCUGCCUCCUUCAAACGUGAAAGUGACUCUGAUUGAGGGGGACGCAGCACUGGUUUCAUGGAAGCUUCCAGAUGAACCCAACAUCCCUGUGACACACUACACAAUCCUAUACACCACUAGAAAUGCAUGGAUUGCAGGGGAAUGGCAAGUGCUGCAGAGAGAAGGAACUAUAACCAUGGCCCUGCUGGAGAACCUAAAGCCUGGUCAUGUUUAUCUGGUCAAAGUCUCUGCAUCCAAUGACAUGGGUGAUGGACCAUAUUCCAACACAGUGGAGCUUAAAGUGUGGUCAGAUUUCUCCACCGACCAACGGCUCUCCACAGCCUUCUCAGAUGGUUUCUAUCACCUGGAUGAGAAAUCAGUAACGGGUAUCACUGUGGGGGUUUGCAUUGCUCUCAUGUGCAUUAUCAUCUGUGCCUUCAUUAUUGUCUGUAGAGGCAAGAACAGAAAAUCUUCUGCUGUGAAAGAAGCCAAUGCAACUACUUCAACUGAGGGUCAGCCUGAAAACACUGAUGUGACUACGCCCAUGAUGAACCAUCAGAAUCAUUUCAUUGAUACAAAGGGUGGAACAAAUCUCAUUAUUAACUCUCUUGGUCCGGUUCAAAUAGGUACUGAGAAGAAAAAGAAAUGGUUUUGCUUUGGCAGUAAUGUGAAAAAAGAUGGCAAACCAGUACAGAGUAUGGGACAUGAAGCCAUCUCCUACCAGCCUGGCUCCACAGUCUUGACAUAUCAGGAGGAAUUGUCCAUUUCUCAAGACCAGACCAGCACUCUGCAAGGCCUGCUCUGCCAUCCAGGCGAUUCCGAGGGAUCUUCCAACAGCGAAGGAAGUCACGCCACCAGUGACUCAGGUCGCUACUCUCACGAUGAGAUCGACAUGACCGACCUGUCUUCUGGAGCGAGCAGCCAUCUUCCAUCUUUGACCGCAAUGGAGAGUAGAGGCUCCGACUGUACUGUUGAUGUAGAAGGACACAACCAAGUGAUGGAAGAACGUCAGGACCACAGGAAGCUGUGGGAGCCUAUGGAGGAUGGCUUCUGUCAGCGUGAGGCCCACAACAGUUCUCAGUCUGCACUUUCUCUCCAGUGUGUGAGUUUGUCUGUGUGAGAUGUGUGUGAGAGAUGUGAGUGUGAAGGCAGUGGUAUAUUAUUUUUUUAUUUCAGAACUCAAUUGAGAAGUAUACAUUAACAGUCUCCAUUAAAAAUCAGAAAUUGUGCUUUGUUAAGAAGCACAGAGCUGUGGGACACCCUUGCUUCUUAACAUAGCAGUGUUUAAAUCCAACCAGUUACAACCUAACAACUAAUGUUUUUUUGUUUUGUUAGGACUAUGGGGUAAAAAUGAAAACACCAAACAUUCAACAAAUGUUUUCAGAUGAAGGACAGAUGUUUAAUUCU